UCUCCUGAGAUUUCCUCUGUUUCUCGGAGCCGGCCCCAAUUGCUAGUGAAAGUCCAGACUCCACGGCACCGCCGCCGUCAGUGGUCCAUCUCUCUCCCCCGUCUCUGCCCGUGCGGCCUGCCCAGCUGCUCUCCAUGGACAAGGAAGCCACCAUGCCCAUGGCGCAGCAAAAGACCGUCGUCCUGUACCCCAGCCCCGGCGUCGGCCACGUGGUCCCCAUGGUGCAGCUCGCCAAGGUCUUCCUCAGGCACGGCUUCGACGUCGCCAUGGUCAUCGCCGAGCCGCCCGCCGGGUCGCCCGACUUCCGCAUCGUCGACGUCGACCGCGUCGCCGCCUCCAACCCGGCCAUCACCUUUCACGUCCUCCCCCCGGUCCCGGACGCCGACCUCGCCGCCGGCCCCGGCAAGCCCCCUUUCCUCCUCACGCUCCAGGUCCUGGAGCGGUACAACGGCGAGCUCGAGCGCUUCCUCCGCUCCAUCCCGCGCCGCCGCCUCCACUCCCUGGUCACCGGCAUGUUCUCCACCUACGCGGCCGACGUCGCCGCGAGGCUCGGCGUCCCCGUCUACGCGUUCUUCGCCUCCGCCGCCGCCACCCUGGCCGUCGUGACCCAGAUGCCGGCGCUGCUCGCCGGUAGGCGGGCGGGGCUCAAGGAGCUCGGGGACACGCCCCUCGAGUUCCUCGGCGUCCCGCCGUUCCCGGCGUCCCACCUCGUCGGGGAGCUGCUCGAGCACCCGGAGGACGCGCUGUGCAAGGCCAUGGUGGACGUCUGGAGGCGCAACACGGACGGCACCAGCGGCGUCCUCGUCAACACGUUCGAGUCGCUGGAGAGCGCGGCCGUGCAGGCGCUGAGGGAUCCCCGGUGCGUCCCCGGCAGGGUGCUGCCCCCGAUCUACUGCGUCGGUCCGUUGGUCGGCGGCGACGGCACGAGCCCGGCGGAUCAAGGGAGAGGCGAGAGGCACGGGUGCCUCGCGUGGCUCGACGCGCAGCCGGAGGGCAGCGUCGUGUUCCUCUGCUUCGGGAGCAGAGGGACGCACCCACCGGAGCAGCUGCGGGAGAUCGCCGUCGGCCUGGACAGGUCCGGGCAGCGGUUCUUGUGGGCUGUGCGGACGCCGGCCGGCACCGAUGACUCGGCGUUCCUCCCGGAGGGGUUCUUGGAGCGCACCAAGGACCGGGGCCUCGUCGUCCGGUCAUGGGCGCCGCAGGUGGAAGUGCUCCGCCACCAGUCGACCGGAGCCUUCGUGACGCACUGCGGGUGGAACUCGACGCUGGAGGCCAUCUCACAUGGGGUGCCGAUGCUAUGCUGGCCGCUCUACGCGGAGCAGCUGAUGAACAAGGUGUUCAUAACCGAGGACAUGGGCGUCGGGGUGGGGAUGGACGGGUACAGGGCGGGGUUCGUCAAGGCCGAGGAGGUGGAGGCGAAGGUGCGGCUGGUGAUGGAGUCCGAGGAGGGCAGGGUGAUCAGGGCCCGAGCGGUGGCGCGCAAGAAAGAAGCGGCGGCGGCGCUAGAGGACGGCGGCUCGUCGCGGACCUCGUUUGAUAGGUUCUUGUUUGAUGUGGAGAAUCUUGAUAAACUGCUUGGCAAGUGACGGCGACUCUGGUUUGGCAUCAAUGCAAAAUUAGCUCCAAAUCUGACGGCAAAAGGACAGUACCAAUGCUGCGGCGAUCUUCAGCGACCAUAGCGAUCUUCCUCCUUCACCAACACAUGAUAUAAAUGGGUAUUUAAUAUAAUUUUUUAAUCAGUUAAUUAAUUAUGAUGGUAUGCCACUCUAGUUUAUUUCUCCUUCAAAAUUAUUUACGUAGAAUGUUAUUCUAGUUUAUUUUA